ACGUGGCGUUUAUUAGUCUAAACUCAUAAAUUAAUGGACUAAGAUUGCGAUUUUUUAAUCUUUUUAUUUUUUAUUUACAACAAUCACUAUAUAAAUAUUUAGUAUAUGUAAUAUUUGUAUCAUUCUUCAAUAAAACAAUUGUUUAAUGUUGACAUUAAACAAUUGUUUUAUGAAUACUGAUUUGUUUUUCGCAAAAUCAUGUUGUGGUAGCCAUUGAUAAUUAUUAGUUAAUGUUACAUAUAAAUUAAAAUAAUCUUGUUAAGUAUGUCGUCUUCCGGAGAUUUUGGUAAUCCUCUUAGAAAGUUCAAAUUAGUGUUUUUGGGCGAACAAAGUGUUGGUAAAACUUCACUCAUCACAAGAUUUAUGUAUGAUAGUUUCGAUAAUACUUACCAGGCCACCAUUGGUAUUGAUUUUUUGUCUAAAACCAUGUAUCUUGAAGAUAGAACUGUAAGAUUACAGCUAUGGGAUACAGCAGGACAAGAAAGAUUCAGAAGUCUUAUUCCUUCCUAUAUAAGAGAUUCUACUGUUGCUGUUGUUGUAUAUGAUAUAACAAAUGCCAAUUCUUUUCACCAAACAUCAAAAUGGAUAGAUGAUGUUCGAACUGAGCGUGGUAGUGAUGUAAUUAUAAUGUUAGUUGGUAACAAAACUGAUUUGACGGAUAAACGACAAGUAUUAGCUGAAGAUGGUGAACAUAAGGCAAAGGAGUUAAAUGUCAUGUUUAUUGAAACUAGUGCUAAAGCUGGUUACAAUGUUAAACAAUUAUUCAGAAGAGUGGCAGCAGCAUUACCUGGUAUGGAUGUAGCUGAGAAUCGACCACCUGAAGACACUGUCGAUUUACAGAAUCAUGCGGCCAAUCAGGGAGACUCACAAGAGUCUGAAAGCAGCUGUAUGUGUUAAUUUUGAAUGUUGAAUUUUUUAUACAUUUGUAAUAAUCUUAAUGCUUUUUAAUUUUUAUAUAUAAAUAAAUUUAAUUAAGUCGUGGAAAACAUUUAAAUUAAUUAGGCAAGUUGCAAUUAUUGGAAUGCGUGGGUUAUGCCCACGUUAAAUCACUUUAGUAUCUACCUUCAUUAUAGCUAGUCACUUAAAACUUAUUUUCUUUUUAUUAUUAUUAUUAUAUAGAUAUACUACUGUAGUAUUAAAUAUAUAUAAUUUUUUUUUAAUUAACAGUUAAAUGCCACAUACUCUGUUAGCCUCAAUAAAAUCUUUACUAUAUAAUAUAGUACAUUUCCUAAAAGUAAAUUACUUUUUUAAUGUUUUGUUCUGUAUUUAUUAUAUUCUUGUAUUAUGUUAAUUAUAUGAUAUUCAGUAGAAUAAUUAUAUUAUUUCAAGUAUUAUUAAAAUGUUUUAAAAUUACAAGAGUGGUUAUAUCUUAUAUUAGUAAAUGUUAAUUAUUAUCCUAUUUAGACAUUUGAAUAUGCAUUUCCAAGUUAUGGUUAUAUACUUGUAUCAAUACUGUAUUUUUUAAGCAAUUAUAAGAGUUAAAUAAACAUAGAAUUCACAUUCUAA